AGUCAACCAUUUGAAGUUGCUCAAGUUUUCACUGGUUUUGAAGGACGUCUUGUAAAGUUAAAAGACACCAUUCGUUCAUUCAAAGAAAUCUUGGAAGGUAAAUGUGAUGACCUACCUGAAGCAGCUUUUUAUAUGGUUGGGGGUAUGGACACUACCAUUCUUACCAAAACCACUCAAUUAUCACCAAAUGACAUUCAUACAGGUCUUGGUAAAGUGAAACCGUAUCAUAGUACCUCGGAUUUAUUUAUUGAUGAUUCAAGCGAAUUGGAGGAUCAUUUGCAUUUUUCAGCGAUACCAUUAGAUCCUGAUCCAAUGGUCGGGGACACUCAUUAUGCUUCAAGUACAAGUAGUGGGCAUGGAUCCUCUAUUAUUACAA